AUGGAAAGGGAGGAAAUGAAGAAAAUUCCUUAUGCAUCAGUUAUGGGGAGUUUGAUGUACGCUCAAACAUGUAGAAGACUGGAUAUCAGCUUUGCUAUUGGCAUGUUAAGAAGAUACCAAAGUGAUCCAGGAUUCGAACACUGGAAAGCUGCAAAGAAGGUGAUGAGGUACUUACAAGGGAGAAAGGAUUAUAUGCUCACAUAUAAAAUAUCAGAACAAUUAGAGAUUUUCGGUUACUCGGAUUCUAAUUAUGGUGGUUGUCUCGAUAGCUUAAAGUCAACUUCAAGAUUUGUCUUUAUGCUGGCAAAUGGGGCAAUAUCAUAG